GUCUCCCUUUGUCCGUAGAUAGUUCCCAUGUCAUUACAGAUUUUCUAGAGAGAGAGAGAGAAUUUUUAGAGAGAGAAAGUAUGGAACUAGCUUUGAGCUUGGGAGAUACUCCAAAACCCUUUUCAUUGUUGGAUCAUCAUAGCAGAUCUCAGCAGCAGAAGAUGAAGGAUUUAGGGUUUUGCAUGGGCUUGGGAGGUAGUAAAAAUCUUGAAGAGCUUAACUUCAAGAACAUGAUGAGAGAGAAAGAUGAUGAUGACGCACAUCGGAAAUCUGAGGAGAAAAGAAGUUCUUCUUCUUCAUCGGAUCCAUCACCGCCAUCACCACCACUGCAACUUGAUCUCCUUCCUUUUUCUCCUGUUCUCCGAUCUGCACCACCACCAACGACUUCUCACCGGUCCUUCCCGUGGCUCUCAAAAAACUUGAUAGCAGAAAUGGGUUCACAGAAUAAAGCGGUGCAAGUUCUUGAUGUUAUGCCGUUGGCGGUUGUGUCUGAUCAGGAAAACAUGGAAGAAACCGCCGGCGGAGAGUCAUCUCCGAACAACAGUAACAGUGGUACGUCAUCCUUUCAGAUGGAUUUCUCUUCCAUCUUCAAAAGCAGUAACUGUGGAAGAUCAUUCCAUUCGAGGAAAAGAGAUUUGGAUCUAGCAACAGUUAAUUUGGAGUUGGUAGAGGCUACCGAAAGUGAUCAAAGAGCUUCUUCAAGAGGAGGUGGUAUGAGUGAUGAAGAUGAAAACGGGUUGACCCGAAAAAAGCUCCGACUCACUAAAGAACAAUCUGCUUUUCUUGAAGAUAGCUUCAAAGAACACAGUACCCUCAACCCUAAACAAAAGCAAGCUUUAGCAAAGCAGUUAAAUCUUCGUCCACGACAAGUCGAAGUUUGGUUUCAAAACAGAAGGGCA